CUCCUGUAAACGGAGACGUGAACUAGGGCGCUGCCAUCUUGAAAACGAGCAUUGCGAGACAAAAUAAUGUCGAGCGGCGAAGAAGAUGGCGGAGGAACACCACUUCAAGAUGAGCCGGAAUAUGGGUACCAGUUAGAGGAAGCACAGCCACCAGGUGGAACACAACCAUUUUCCAUAGGAAGAUCACAUUUUGAAGAUGAGGAGGAGGAGGAGGAAGGAGAGAUAGCAGACGAGGAAGAGAACGAGUUGCCUGCUCACCGCCGUGAAUCCUACACUGGUGAAGAUCAGGAGGAGGACAGUGAGGGCCAGCUGUCUGGAGAGGAAGCUGAUGAUGGGGAUGUACAGCAGAGGGAUGAAGAGUCGAUGGAAGAUCAGGGUUCUGAUGAUGACGGAGAAAUCCAAGAUUCUGACAACGACAAUGCAAACAUGGAUGAAUCAAACCAAUAUCCACAACCAGAAGAAGAGGAAGACGGUGAUGGAGAAAUUGAUUCUCCAAUGGCGGAGGAGCAGGAAGGUGCUGACAUAAGAUCUCCGAGUCCUGAGGGAAGUCAGGAAGGGGAAGAGGUCAGGUCCCCAAGUCCCAUGAGUGACCAAAGUGAUGAUGACCAAGGUCCAGCCAGUCCAGCUGGUAGUGACCACCAGAGUCCAGGUGGGGAGGAAAGCCAAGGUCCAGCCAGUCCUAGCCAGGGGUCAGCACACAGUCCAUCAGAGGAUGGAGGGGAUAGAAUGGACAAUAUGGAGGUGCAGAACCAGGAUUCACAACAGAGUAGCAGGAUGAGUGACUUUGAAAGUGGAGAAACAACUGGUGAUAACCAGAAAAACUCUGAGUAUGACAGUGCUCAAGAUAGUCAACUUGAUAGUGUUGCCUGGAGCGAGACAAUGGUGGAAGAAAACAGGUCAGAAUAUGUUCCAAAUCAGCCGCCAUUUUCUACGCAUUCUGCGGUGGUGAGUGAGGGACCACAAUCACCAAGUGCCCAAGGAAAUUGGUCUUCUGUUGACAGUUACCAAGGGCCUCAGUCUCCUAGCAACAGUAACCAAGGCCCUCAGUCACCUAGCAACAGUGACCAGGGGCCACAGUCCCCCGAUGAUGGUAGUCGGGGGCCCAUCUCACCUAGCAACAGUAACCAGGGUCCACAAUCUCCAAGUUUUCAGGAUGAAGUCAGCCAAGAUUCAGUUAACAAAGAUGGACCCACAUCUCCUAGCAGCAGUAACCAAGGUCCCCAGUCGCCACCUGGUUUCCAAGGAGAUGCUGCAGAAGGGCCUGCAUCUCCUGUGGAGAAACCUGAAGAGGGCCCAGCUUCACCCAGCAGUGAUGCUGAGGGGCCUCGUUCUCCUAGCAACAAAGAUGAAGAGAGCAGGGAUGGCAGUGAGGCUGAGAGGAGGAGGGGUGAAGAUGAGGAAGCAAAGGCAGGAAGUGGUGACGAAGGGAAGAAAUCUGAAGCUGGAAGUGAGGACGAGAAAGACACAAAAGAGGAGCGUCACAAUGUUUCACUGGACAAAGAGGGUUCUGAAAAGGGCAGCGAUGAAGAGGAUAGUGAUAAAGAGUCCAACGUUGGUGAACUUAUAGCAGACAUCUUUGGCUCUAGUGAUGAAGAAGAAGAAUUUGAGGGCUUUCAAGAUGCAGACAUGGAAACUCCAAAGAAAAAGAAAGUAGCAGUUAUAUCUGAUGAUGAGGGGGAGAAUGAGGCCCCAGCCGAGGGGGAGGGGGACGCGUCGGCUGCCCUACCUCAGCUGUCAGAUGAUGAUGAAGGGGUAGAAGAUGGAGACAAGGGUAACUUUGUGUCAGACUUUGACUUAAUGUUGGAGAGAAAGAAAGAAGAAAUGAGAAAGAGGCGAAGAAAGAGGAAAGACUUUGAUAUCAUUAAUGACAAUGAUGACUUGAUCGCUGCACUUAUCAACCAGAUGAAAACUGCUGCUGAGGAAGACCGAGCAUUAAACAACCAGUCCAAGCCAGCCAUUAAAAAGUUAAGAAUGCUGCCAGAAGUGUUACAACAGUUGAGGAAGUCUGACUUACAAGGAGCCUUCCUGGACUGUGGUAUUCUGCCAGCAUUGACGGAGUGGCUUGCCCCCUUGCCUGACAAAAGUCUCCCGCAUUUACAGAUCAGGGAAGGAUUGUUAAGAAUACUGCAAGGGUUUCCCCCCAUCAGUUCGGAGGCACUGAAGAGCAGUGGUCUGGGCAAGGCUGUUAUGUAUUUAUAUAAGCACCCCAGGGAAAUACGGGAAAAUCAUGAGAGAGCUGGGAAACUUAUCAAUGAGUGGUCAAGGCCCAUUUUCAACCUGACCUCCAACUACAAGAAUCUUUCCAAAGAGGAACGUGAGCAGAGAGAUUAUGAACAGUUGCCCAAAAAGAGAAGAAUAAGCUCUGAGGGUGGUAAAACUCCCAGGCGGGAUAUUGACAAGGCUCUGGCAGGGGACCAGAAAGCUCUUAGACCUGGAGAUAAGGGAUGGGUUCAAAGGGCUAGGGUCCCCAUGCCAUCUAAUAAAGAUUAUGUGGUGAGGCCGCAUUCCAACUUGGACAGCGAUGCCCCUCGCAAGAGCUCUGGGAAGAAGGACAUGUCAAGACUGGAAAAACACAUGAGGAAUUUCCAGGAAAGAAAGAAACAAAACAAAAGUCAGAGAGCUGUGGGGAUUAGCAUAGAGGGUAGAAAUAUGUCAUUAUGAGGAGGUGAUCACAUACAAUGGACGCCUUUGUGAGAGACAGUGAAACAUAAUAUAUGGAAGAUACAACAAGUACAGACCACAAUGGAGAUUGAAUUACCAUUAACUUGGACUGCACUUGUGACUAACCUCCUUGUGGAAAAAAAAUUCAGAUUGCCCUAGCAGUUUCAUAAUUUAAAAACUGUUUGAUUGCUCUCUGAUGAAAGUGAUAAAUAUGUUAUGUUGGAAAAAGUUAUACAAUAAGCUUGGCAAUAAGCUUGUGAUACAAAACAUCCAAGCAUUGCUUUUUAUUAAGCAAAUACUAUUAAAUGCUGCAGGCAGAGCUCUGAUUUCAAGGAGGAUGGGAGGGGGGUGGAAAAGAAUUGAUACUCUUUCUUUCUCAUCAGGAAUUCCGAAGCUUCUGUCAUCUUUAACCAGGUGCAUUUUAUUUCUUUUCUGUAGAAUAAGGAUGCGACAUCUGCCAUAUUGACAUGGAAAAGCGAGCCACCCCUGCCCCCCUUCAUUGUUUAUCCCUCCUCUGUAUACAAUCAAAAUAAAUUGUAACACUGUGGAUGUGAGUAAAGAUAUCCAUGGUAAACACAAGUACAAUUUCUAAAUACUUUGAUAUUGUCAUGACCAUUUUUAAAUUGGUGGAACUUAAAGCGAACUUUCUGGAAGUUUGUACAGUGUAUAUAGAGCUUCAAAAUAUUUAGAAAUGCAAGUACUCGAGGCAUAGUAGUACCAUACAGUUUGCAACAUAAUUGCUUCGGUAUGUAAAAAUUUAAAAAAAGAUGGUGAAUUUCUGUCAGUCUGGUAAAUUACUGGUCAUGACUAAAGAAUAAAAUAAUUAUUUGGUUUUAUAUAAAGAUAUGUUAAACUCCUUACAAUAAAUUUUUUUACAGAA